AUGAAACGAAUGUCACUAAAGUCAUACAUCUCCAGAGAAGAUGAAAAGGCAAACAGUUCUGCCUCUAUGAGUACUUCUAGUAACCUUAGCUCCUCAGGAAGCCUCAACACACGCUCUCCCCCUGCUGGCUCUGGUAUUCUUGUUGAGUAUUUUUGCACGUUGAAACUACCUGGUUACUCUGACAGUGUUAAUCAUGGCGGGAGGCUCACUCGUAGCGCAACCUGUCCUCUUACAAAAACUACACCUCCACCUCUGAAGAACUACCCUACACCUCCACCUCUGAAGAACUACCCUCCACCUCUGAAGAACUACCCUACAUCUCCACCUCUGAAGAACUACCCUCCACCUCUGAAGAACUACCCUCCACCUCUGAAGAACUACCCUCCACCUCUGAAGAACUACCCUACACCUCUGAAGAACUACCCUCCACCUCUGAAGAACUACCCUCCACCUCUGAAGAACUACCCUCCACCUCUGAAGAACUACCCUCCACCUCUGAAGAACUACCCUCCACCUCUGAAGAACUACCCUCCACCUCUGAAGAACUACCCUACACCUCCACCUCUGAAGAACUACCCUACACCUCUGAAGAACUACCCUCCACCUCUGAAGAACUACCCUCCACCUCUGAAGAACUACCCUCCACCUCUGAAGAACUACCCUCCACCUCUGAAGAACUACCCUCCACCGCCACCUCUGUAA